GGGGAGCCCAAGUUUUGGUCUCACCAUGGUCGCUAUAGGUUUAUCAUAAAGCCUACUCUAUAAUCAGGCCCAAUGUGCUUUUACGGUCAAGCGAAUAGCUAGCUAUAUGUAGGAAAUACCGAGUUAAAAGCAUCACAUUAAACAUGUUCAUGGGCUCAUGUCAGAACAGAAUCGGGUGUCUAAUUUUUUUCAUUGCCAAAAGCAGCGACACUUUUUUAUGGUCCACGUCUCAUCUCAGUAUCCCUCGUGCCCGUGCUCCCACUCAAGCAUCGAGAAGAAUUCGUUACGGCCGGGUGGAGUUGUAGGCACCGAGAAGUCGCGCGGAGGCAGGUAUCAAUGGCUUCAUAACAUUCCGCCCCGAGCUCCAAACCAUUCGCCCCCGUCACAUCCUGGUAUGAUCCCUCAUAUACCGACUCAACAUAAAAAGCAAAACUAUGUCCUUGAACGCCAGGACCCCUGCUGUGGCUGUCGCCUGGACGUGUGGCUGAUGAACAAGAAAGCAACGCGAGUGCACCGACGCCUCUUGUACAAGGGUAUUAAAAGGAUAGGAGUCGUAAAACGAUGCGAGAAACCUUGGGUAAUCCAUGCUUCGGCACCUUGUCCGAGUAACAAAGAGCACCCGAGUAUCCCAUUUGGGGACAGAUGACCCAUAUUCUCAGUUUGGGAAAACGAGGAAUCAAGG